UUUUUUUACACACACACACGUAUACCUCUUUCUUUAACAUGUAUAACGGUAUUGGUUUAAGCACACCCCGUGGUUCAGGUACCAAUGGUUAUGUGGUGCGUAACUUAUCGUUUAUCAAACCACCUCGUCAAGACAGACAAGACCGUGCUAAUCAAGACUAUCGAGAGACACCCAAAACAAGAAAACCUAAUGCAGCUAUUCUUGAUCAUGACCGUAAACGUAAAAUAGAAGUCAAGUGCAUGGAACACCAAUUGAAACUGGAAGAAGAAGGAUUAACAGAUGAUGCGAUUGAAGAAAAAGUACAAGCAUUAAGAGAAAAAUUAUUGGCUGAUCUGGAAAAGAUGGAACCUGUAGAUGCUAGAAAGUAAGUUGUAUUUAUACUCUGCCAUCCUUUAUCCUUAACAUGACUAGUUUCAAGGAGUACGAAACGCAUCAAUUACAAGCAGCUAAAGAAAAAGACAACGAAAAAUUCAAAAAGGCCUUGAGGAUCAACAAAGAAUACGUAGAAGGUGCUGCUUUUGAUCGUGAACUGCAAGCCAAAUUAAGAGAUGAAAGAAAGGCUCGUAAAGACGCAGAAAUUGAAGCACGUUAUGAAAGACAAGAAAAGAUGGAAAAAGAAAGACGUAGACGUUACAGAGAUCAAGAAGAAGAUGAAGACAGAGGACGCACGAGAAAGAGAAGACGUAGCCCUUCUCCUCGUAGAAUACGUAAGAGACGUUACAGUAGUUCCAGAAGUCCUUCCAGCAGCUCUUCAAGAAGCUCUUCAAGA